AUGUUUUCGUCAAAUAAACGAAAAUCAAUUUCAUCUAAAUCUGCUAUAGCUCCUCAGCCGAUAGCAGAUGAUUUAAAACCAUCAGAUCUUGAUAAUGACAGUCCAAGUCCAGACCAUAAGAAUUUCGAUCGUGAUCUGCUUAAACCUCAAGAUCAUACCAAGGAUUGUCCUAGUUCAUCGACUUUAAAGUCUUCUAGGAACUCGUUGGAUGAAAAGAACAUUUUAUCAUUGAAAUCAAAACCAUCAACUAUAAAUAAUAAUUUCAUUCCUCCCAAACCUCCCAAACCUACAAAACCCUCAUCGUUACCAAUAAAGAUUAAUCAAUCAAAUCACAACGAAUCCUCUUUAAAUUUAAAAAAUGAUCCAAUAAUUUCCUCUUCAACAAAACCACCCAUAUCCUCACAUGCUGAGAGUAAAUCUCGAUUUAAUAGAAGUUCUGCCAUAUAUAGUUCUAAACUCACUUCAGAGCCUAAAAGCAGGGGUUCGAUUAUCGGAGAGAGUCCUACUAAAAUAUCUCAAAAGCAUAAACGCACGGGAUCUGCUCCUAUUUUAAAUACUCCAUCUAUGUCAAUGAUUAAUAAUUUAAAUAAAAUAAUUUCAUCAAAGUCAAUGGUGAAUUUAAAUGAUGAAUUUGAAGCUAAAGUUGAUAGGGAGACUCCGAAACAAUAUCUUGAAAGAAUGAUGUAUAGUGUUUCAAGAUCAAAGUUGGUCACUAUAUUAACACAAAAAACUGAUGCUUUUCAUCAAUCCGCACUCAAAGCUUACAUGGAACUUUUUGAAUUCGAAAAAGUUCCUAUCGAUCUUGCGUUGAGAAAACUCUUAAUGGAAUGUAAUUUACCAAAAGAAACACAACAAAUUGAUCGAGUUAUGGAGGCUUUUGCUAAAAGUUAUCAUGAAUCAAAUCCUGACUUAUUUCCUUCUGCGGAUGAUACUGAUGUUAAUGGUCAAACAAUGCUUGGAUCCCCGACGCAGCAUCGUCAAAUGAGACUAUUUUCUUCAAAGGAACGAAGAAAAUCUACACGCUUUAAAAAUGAUCCUUACUGGGUUAUACAAACUAAAUUACCUACGGAAUUUAAACCUAAAAUCAAAGAUAUUGUUCCUACGGAAAAUCCGUAUUCCUAUAUGGGAACCCUACCAGCUUUAGAUAUCACAGAUCUUCAUCGUGUAUUUUCUACAUCUAAUACAAUUCGAAUUACCGGUGUUAAAAACAGACGUAAAAGUCAUACAUUUAAAGAUACCUCUGGCCCUUUUCAAUCAACUGAUGAUGAUGGUACUUUCCUUCUAAAUAUAACCAAAUGUGGUAAACUUGGAAGAAAGAUUGAUUUAAUUGAUGGUAAAAGGAAGAGUAGUUUUGUAAGGCAUUGGAGAAUAUAUGGUGUCAUAUUAAGUGGUAGUCAAUUAAUGUUUUUUAAAGAUGAAGUAGGGUUCAAUUUACAGAUGAAAAAGUUGGACAAUCCUGAGAAAUCAACGUUACCAAUCUUAAAACCUGAUGUAAUACUCAUGACAGCAGAUUCGGUGGCUGUUUAUGAUAAAAAUUAUAAGAAACAUAAAAAUGUUUUUCGUUUAGUAUGUCCAAAAGGACAUCAAUAUUUAUUUAAAGCUGAAAAUGAAGAUGAAAUGAAUGAUUGGAUAUCAAAGAUCAAUUAUGCUGCCACAUUUAAAACUGCUGGAUUAAAAAUGAGAAAUAUUCGAAAUCAGAAUAUUAGUCAACUAAGACGAAGUCUUGGAAUGGGUUUGUUAGGGUACAGUCAUGAUGCUGCUGCAAAAGAAGCUCAAGGACGUACAAACUUGAUUCGUUCAAAAAUUACUGAGCUCCGUGAUAAAAUUUCUACGUUAACAUCUCAACUUCAAGCCGACAUUCGAUUUCGAAAUAAUCUAUUUCUAAUGAUGCCAUAUAAAUCAUCAACAAGAGAUCGUAUAUUAAAAGUUGCAACUUUAGUAGCAUCUCGAUUAAAACAUACAUGUUUGGAAUUAAGUAAAUUAUUAUGUUAUCAUGAAAUUUUGGAAAAGGAUUUAUGUUCAACGGUAAUGGAGGACAAAACUUAUUGGCAAAAUCGAAGAAGUUAUUUUACACCUGGUGAUAAUGAUAUGGAUGAUAAUAUAUCAUCUACUGAAACAAUAACAAAUUUAUCAUCAAAACAUAAAAGUCAUGAAAUGUUUGGAAAAUUAUUUAUUAAAGAACCAAUUAAUAGUAAUAAUAAAUUACUCGAACCAUUUGAAAGAAAUUCCGAAAAUACAACAAGACCUGCUACUAUGGGUUCUUUACUUCGUGCUUCCGCAUCAACUUUGUCUUUAAAUUCAAGUUCUGGUGAAUCUAGUAGAACUUCUCUUUCAACUUAUGGUGAUAAUGAAGAAGGUUUUGAUUUUCAUGGAAAUGUUUCGGAAUAUGAACUUGAUGAGCGUGAUGAUUGUAGUUUUAGAGAUGAUGCUAGUAGUAUAAUUGCUCUUGAUGAUGUAAAAGAACAAUUAUCAUCGGUAAAUGGAAGUGAAAAUGAUGAUUAUAAUGCAA